CCCCCUCUCCCCCUCUCCCCCAGACAACAAGCACUCUCUGUUUCUGACACUUCUUUCUCAAAAGCUUCGCCAGCAGCAGAAUCAGCUGCACACUUAGCAGUGGACUAGCCAAAAUUUUGCAGAGACAUAAAUCCCUUCCUCUAGUUAGUUAUCUAACGGUUUUAUUUCUUCGUUCCCCAUUUUACCCUUUCUUCUCUUCUCACAUGACAUUUCACCUUCGUCCUCAGUUUCGAAGCCAGGCAAAGCCUUAAUUGCUCACCGACUCACACUCAGAUCUUAUUCUCUUUAUAGUUGCUAGGAAAAAUGAUUACAUGGAAGGAUUUCUACACCGUUAUGUCGGCGGUGGUUCCUCUGUACGUGGCGAUGAUCUUAGCGUAUGGCUCCGUUCGGUGGUGGAAGAUAUUCUCACCGGACCAGUGCUCCGGCAUAAACCGCUUCGUCGCCAUCUUCGCCGUUCCUCUCCUUUCCUUCCACUUUAUAUCCACCAACAAUCCUUACGCCAUGAACUUACGCUUCAUCGCCGCCGACACCCUCCAGAAGAUCAUCAUGCUCUUUGCCCUUGGAAUAUGGACCAACUUCACCAGGAACGGAAGCCUCGAAUGGAUGAUCACCAUUUUCUCUCUCUCGACAUUGCCCAACACUCUUGUCAUGGGAAUUCCUCUGCUGAUAGCGAUGUACGGCGGUAGUCAAUAUGACUCAGGUAGUCUCAUGGUUCAGAUAGUAGUGUUGCAGUGCAUUAUUUGGUACACACUGUUACUGUUUCUCUUCGAGUACCGUGGAGCCAAGUUGCUGAUCAUGGAGCAGUUCCCGGAGACGGCAGCGUCAAUUGUGUCGUUUAAGGUUGACUCCGACGUCGUCUCACUCGACGGCCGGGACUUUCUGGAGACGGACGCGGAGGUUGGGGACGAUGGGAAGCUCCACGUGACGGUGAGGAAGUCCAACGCCUCGAGGCGAUCGUUUGCGAUGACUCCCCGACCGUCAAACCUCACCGGUGCCGAGAUUUACAGCCUGAGCUCUUCGCGGAAUCCAACACCUCGGGGUUCGAAUUUCAACCACGCAGAUUUCUACUCCAUGAUGGGGUUCCCGAGGCAUUCGAACUUCGGCCCUGCGGACUUGUACUCUGUUCAGUCAUCGCGGGGCCCGACGCCUAGACCAUCCAAUUUCGAAGAGAACUGUGCUCCUCCUCCAAUGGCUCAGGCCAUGAGUUCUCCGAGAUUCGGAUUCUACCCUGCACAGACGGCGCCGGCGCCGUAUCCAGCUCCGAAUCCACAAUUCUCAUCAACCUUGGGAAAGAGUGUGAAGAACCAAAACCAGCAACCACAUCCUCAGCAGCAUUCCCAGCAGUCUCAAGUGCAAACUCAGACUCAAGGGAAAGCUAGCCAUGAUGCUAAGGAACUCCACAUGUUCGUGUGGAGCUCAAGCGCAUCGCCGGUUUCAGAAGGCGGCGGCCUCCACGUGUUUGGCAGUACCGACUUCGCUGGGUCAGAGCAAUCUGGACGGUCCGAUCAGGGUGCGAAAGAGAUCCGGAUGAUUGUAGCUGAUGACCACCCCCCAAAUGGGGAAACCAGUAAAGCUAUGCCGGAGCCGGAGCUUGGCGGCGAUGAGUUCAGGUUUCCGGCGAAAGAAGUACCGACAGAUCAGGAAGAGAGAGACCAAAAAGAGGGACUCGCUGGGCUGAACAAGCUGGGCUCGAGUUCUACGGCAGAGCUCCACCCGAAAGCUGCUGGAAAUGCGGACUCCGGUGUCGGGAAACAAAUGCCUCCGGCGAGUGUGAUGACCCGUCUGAUACUGAUAAUGGUGUGGAGGAAGCUCAUCCGUAAUCCCAACACAUACUCAAGCCUCAUUGGAUUAGUUUGGUCCCUCAUUGCCUUCAGGUGGAAUGUGCAUAUGCCGAAAAUAAUAGAGAAAUCAAUCUCCAUCUUAUCAGAUGCCGGGCUCGGAAUGGCCAUGUUCAGCUUAGGUCUGUUUAUGGCACUUCAACCUAAGAUCAUCGCAUGUGGGAACUCGGCUGCGACAUUUGCCAUGGCCGUUCGGUUCCUCACUGGCCCCGCCGUCAUGGCCGCGGCUUCCAUCGCGGUCGGCCUCCGUGGCACCCUCUUACACAUAGCUAUUGUUCAGGCUGCACUUCCACAAGGAAUUGUCCCGUUUGUAUUUGCCAAGGAGUACAAUGUUCACCCCGCCAUUCUUAGCACAGCGGUUAUAUUUGGGAUGUUGAUAGCACUGCCAAUAACUCUAGUCUACUACAUACUCCUUGGUCUGUGAGCCGACAAAACAAGGACAAAGUGAAUGGCAAUUUAAAAUAUUUGUUAAAUUUUGGAGUUAGAACGGAUGCUUGCAUCAUUGAUGCCACUAGCUAGUGCAAAAUAUUCUAUUACUAACAGGGAGGAGGAUUUUCCGGGUGGAGAGGAGAGGAAAUUGCUAUUAAAAAAGUGGCCAUAUUCUUAAAACAGGGGAGAUGAUUUCAAUUCUCAACAAUUUUUGGGGGAUUUAAGGAAAAGUUUGACUGGUUGGUCCAAAUCCUCAUGAUUUGUGUGCCCUUCCAAAGUGAUGUGAUUUUUCAGAGACCUCAGGGGAAGGAACUGGAGGAACUAGCUCACAAUAUGGGAGACAACAAGAGAGGAAAACAGGGGAAAGCUAUUAUUAGCAGAGUCAAAGAUUUCUAUAAGCAGUUCCAUCUCUAUUUGCAUUGUAAAUUUUAUAUUUAAAAAAAAUGUUACAAGGAGAGUUUGGUUUGGGUCUUCAAGUGACAAAGGUGAUUUUAAUAAUUAGGUGGAAGAAAUGAACAUUAGAAUAGAAGGAGAAGAGUUGCUUUUCUUUAUUUCACCUUUUGUUUGGUUUAUCUUCCAUGUUUUCUUUAAAAAUGGAAUGCGUUUGCCUUUGAUUGUUCA